ACUGCUAGUAUUUGGCUCUGAGUUUUGUUUUGUAUUACAUUUAAAUGCUAAAACUGUUGUUUAUUUAAUUGUGUUUGUGGAAUAACAACAGUUUCAAGUUCCAUGCACACUUUAAACUCAUCACCAAUGGACAAGCUGUUUCAGUUGUUUUUUUUAUCAGGAUUAUGUUCAUUUACUAGGAGCAUCUCACGUGAGUAUGUUGUAAUUCAGGAACAGAAGACUUGGAAACAGGCACAAGCUUACUGCAGAGAGAAUUACAUAGACCUGGCUACUGUUCAAAGUGAGGAAGACUGGGGAAAUCUACAAGAUGCAGUUAAAAAAAUUACUAAGACUGCUUGGAUUGGACUGUACAAUGAUAUCAAUAGCUGGCGCUGGUCUUAUCAAAAUAAAGAAAUUGCAUAUAGCACCUGGAGUUCUGGAGAACCAAACAACUAUGGUGGGCAUGAGGCAUGUGGUUUGAUGAGGGCUAGCUCAUGGAAUGACUAUGAUUGCAAUAAUCUUCUUCCAUUUUUUUGCUUGAACGAGAAUGGAGCAAACAGGUUUGUUUUCAUCAGCAAUAGUAAGACCUGGAAGGAUGCUCAGAGCUACUGCAGACAAUAUUACACAGACUUGGUCAUCAUUCAGAAUCAAACUGAGAAUAGCCAGCUGAAUGUACUGAUGAAACCACAUACAAGUGCUUGGAUCGGUCUGUUCAGAGACUUGUGGAAAUGGUCAGAUGAAACAUAUGUCUCCAAUGCUUCCUUUACUAGGCUGCCUUUACAGUCUGAGCUGAACAAUCCUUGUGGUGUUUCAGAUCCUAGCGGUAUAAUCAGUUAUCAGGUCUGCUCAAAUGUCCUCCCUUUUCUCUGCAUGCACCGUGCAAAGAAACAGAUUUUAAGACUGAGGGUUAAAUCUGGUCAGAAUCUUAAUGGUCCUGAAAUGAUGAAUGUUAUCUUACAGUGGACAAAACAAAAGCUGAAGGAAUGGGGGAUAGAAAAGGAAACAAAAGUGACAUGGAGAGUUCAGGCAAAUGGAUAUGUUUUUUCGCAAGUUACACAUUUUUAAGCAGGCAGCAGUGGUGGUCCUGGAUCACUUUGACUCCAGUUGUGUGCAAAGAAGAUCAGCAAUAUAUUUUUUAUAUGAUUAAUAUAUCUUCAACAACUUUAAAACAAUUAUAUGCAUCUUGUAUUUUUAUUUAUGUAAUUUGAGGUUUAUUUUUAGCAUAGCCAUGAUUUCAUUUAACAGGGCAUGUAAUUCUUCUCAAUUUAGAUUUUAUAUAAUCUAUUUUUUAAUUCAUCUGUUAUAGUAUAAAAUGACUAGUAAUGUGGUGUGUAAGCUAAUUGUGUAAGUUCACUCAGUUCUGGUCAUUCCUUUUUCAUUCUUUUUUUUUAAUUUAAUUUAAA